AUGAUCAUCCUGCGUCGACAAUUGACUGAGAAAUUGGUCGCACUGCAGCACGCUACACCUGAGCAGCCUUACAGCAUUGCGCAUCGGCUGAACCUAGCCAGAGCCUAUAAGGAUCUUGGCUAUCCAGAUCUUGCUGUAGGAGAUGCCUAUAAAGCACUGAUAUUAGUGGAUGAGCUGGUUGAAGAAGGCGAAUACCAUGAUGAAGCCCUAGAGGCUGCACGCACAGAUCUUGUUCCAGAAAAGAUGGCCGACUUAUCCAUGAGUGCCGAAAAAGAAGCCGUUCCUUCAGAGUAUGAAGACAUCACGAAUUAUGCGCAAACACAGUGGUCAAGAACAGCGCAUGAUAUCCUUAUCGAAAGCCUAUUAGACUGUGGAUGCUUGCGCAGUGCGUUCGACUACAUUGCUCGCGCGAUGAAAGCAUUCCCUGAUGAUACUGCCUUCAAAACCCACGAUGACUCUUUGUCAAAAAGUCUGAAAUCCUACUGUGAGCAGAACAGAGAAAAUUUUGAGGAUAUCGAGGUCGAUGGUUAUCCCGACAAAGGACUUGUUCGUCGAGAAAAAUAUCCCUGGAAUGACCACGAGCCAGAUCGGUUCUCGGCAGAAUGUUUGGACUUUCUCAACGAAGAACUAACAGAAAUAGCACCAAAACUGGAAGUGAGGAUCUCUGAGUUACCUCUUCUCGCCACUACCUCAUCUGUAGACGGGAAAUGUCCAGAAUCACAGUUUACCAAGCAACUAGGGUUAUUUGCCAAGGAGGAUAUAGCCCCUGGAGAAACCAUACUAGAAGAGAAGUCGCUUCUCACUGGCAUAUCGAGACUACACGAGUCAUAUUGCGAUGCUUGCAGCAUACCUCUCUCGCAAUCCGCGGACACAGCCAGCGAAAACAUAACGUGUGAAGAAUGCAACGAGGUCUUCUUCUGCAGCGAAGAAUGCCAUGACCUCGCCCAAGAUCACUACCACCCUUCGAUAUGUGGAGUAAGCGUCGACCAAAGCAAGGUGUCUGCUCGUGAAGCAGCCGAUCAUCUCUAUAGCCUUCUGCUUGUUCGUGCACUGGCAUUGGCAGAGACCCAGGAGCUUCACCCCCUAGAACUAAAAGAGGUCCGCUACAUUUGGGGUGACUAUCAUGGAAAGGAUCUCGAUACUGUGUGGCAAACCGAUUCAGCAGGUCAUCUGACUGAUCCUUUUGGAAAUGUGCCGCAAACAUUGUCCUUUUCCUUCAAGAGCAAUGUACUCAUGCCAAUCCAUGUUCUGGAGCAGAUAGAUGUGAACAUCUUUACCCAAAGCGAUCGCUAUGACACCUGGGUUUUCAACACGCUGUAUGCCAAAUUCCGAGGAACAGCAUCAGCACAACAGGGAAUGGAUGGAAGACCUGAGAUUAGCGCUGUUCACCCCAUGUGGUGUCUUGCAAAUCACAGCUGCGAUCCAAAUGUGGCGUGGGAGUGGCGUGGGUCUAUGCGGUUCUGGACACGUAAGGAGCUUGUGGACUGGAAGGGUAGAGACCCAACCAAGGGACCCGGGCUGAAGAAAGACGAGGAAGUUUUUGGUCACUACUGCGAUGUGCGGCUUCCAGUCAAGGAAAGGCGAGAGUGGGCUGUCGGAGCGCUGGGAGGCGAUUGCAUGUGCACCAGAUGCAUCUGGGAAGAUGCGGCCGAACGCAAGUAG